AUUCGCCUGACCCGGCCUGACUUGACCGUACCCGGGAACGCCAUGUUCGCGCGUGGGUCUCGGAGGCGCCGCUCUGGGCGUGCGCAGCUUCCAGAGACUGAGGACCCUGACCGGGGCCAGCCCUGCAACUCCUGCAGGGAGCAAUGCCCCGGCUUCCUGCUGCAUGGCUGGAGAAAGAUCUGCCAGCACUGCAAAUGCCCACGGGAGGAGCACGCAGUUCACGUGGUACCUAUGGACCUGGAACGUAUCAUGUGUCGGCUAAUCUCAGACUUCCAGCGCCACUCCAUCUCUGACGAUGACUCGGGCUGUGCAUCAGAGGAGUAUGCCUGGGUGCCUCCAGGCCUUAAGCCUGAGCAGGUAUAUCAGUUUUUUAGCUGCCUCCCAGAGGACAAGGUCCCCUACGUCAACAGUCCUGGGGAAAAAUACAGGAUCAAACAGCUACUGCACCAACUGCCCCCACACGACAGUGAGGCCCAGUACUGCACAGCACUGGAAGAGGAAGAGAAGAAAGAGCUUCGAGCCUUUAGCCAACAGCGGAAGCGGGAGAAUCUGGGGCGCGGCACUGUGCGCAUCUUCCCCGUGACCAUCACUGGGGCCAUCUGUGAGGAGUGUGGGAAGCAGAUUGGAGGUGGGGACAUCGCAGUGUUUGCCAGCCGUGCAGGCCUGGGUGCCUGCUGGCAUCCACAGUGCUUUGUGUGUACCACAUGCCGGGAGCUACUUGUUGACCUCAUCUACUUCUAUCAUGCUGGCAAGGUCUACUGUGGACGCCACCAUGCUGAACGCCUGCGUCCACGCUGCCAAGCCUGUGACGAGAUCAUCUUCUCCCCUGAGUGCACGGAAGCUGAGGGCCAACACUGGCACAUGGGUCACUUCUGCUGCUUUGAGUGUGAAGCUUCCCUAGGAGGGCAGCGCUAUGUCAUGCGUCAGAGCCGUCCCCACUGCUGUGCCUGCUAUGAGGCCCGCCAUGCGGAAUACUGUGAUGGCUGUGGGGAGCACAUUGGCCUGGACCAGGGCCAGAUGGCUUACGAGGGCCAGCACUGGCAUGCCUCCGACCGCUGCUUUUGCUGUAGCCGCUGCAGGCGGGCCCUGCUGGGGCGCCCCUUCCUGCCACGCAGUGGCCUAAUCUUCUGCUCUCGAGCCUGCAGCCUUGGGUCUGAGCCCACCACUCCCGGGCCCAGCCGACGUAGCUGGAGUGCAGGCACAGUCACUGCACCGCUAGCAGACUCCACAGCCUCUUAUUCUGCAGCGGAGGGGGCGUCCAACAUGGCUACCAAGGACACUUGUGUGGAAUCCCCUCCUGCUUCAGGCCCUGAGGAGCCCUCCCGUUUUCUGAGAGGGGCCCCCCAACGCCACUCCAUGCCAGAGCUGGGGCUCCGCAGUGCCCCAGAGCCACCCUCAGAGUCCCCCGGCCAACCAAAUACACACAUGGAUGAUAGUGCCUUCGGUCGUCAGAGCACCCCACGCGUCAGCUUCCGUGACCCUCUGGUGUUUGAAGGAGGUCCACGGCGGACCCUGAGUGCGCCCCCAGCCCAGCGCCGAAGGCCACGCAGUCCCCCACCCAGGGCCCGCGGUCGCCGCCACCACCACCACCACCGCCGCCGCCACCAUCGCCACCCCGGAAGACAUCACCACUAUCAGUGUGACUUGGGAUCAGGGUCAGAUUCAGGAUCUUGCUCUAGCUCACCCUCCAGUUCCAGUUCUGAGUCUUCAGAAGAUGAUGGCUUCUUCCUAGGAGAACGAAUCCCACUGCCCCCGCAGCUGUGCAGGCCCAAGCCCGCUCAGGACACUACACCUGAGUCUCUCAACACCCCCUCCUCGCCACUGUCUGGGGAUUCUCACCCGGGUAUGUCUCGACAGGCCCGAGACAAGAACUGCAUAGUAGCUUGAAGGCAGGUAGCCCUGGAGGGGCUCCAUUCUCCAGUCAGUGGUAUUGAUAACUCCCAACCUGUCAUAAA